GGGGCCGCGCGGCGAGGCCUGAUCCCUGCAGCGCAGGCGGCCGGCGUCGCAGAGCAUAGGGAGUCAGAUGCGCCCGGACUCCUGCUGGUGAAAGUGAUUUCCCAUCAAUUACUUUGGACUGGACAAUCAGAAAACAAGAUUCUUUUCUUCUUUUUGGGACACUAAGUCUCUAUGUGCACAAAAAAUUCCAGUGAGGGAAGAAAGGUGGCACUUCUUGGAUGAUGAUGGAAAUCCCACUGGACAGGAUGAGGGCAGAGUGUGUGACAUCGCCACCACGAAGGUGCAGAGUGAUCUUCUUCAUUUCCCUUCCAAGCCAGCACUCUACCUCCUAUAUCCACCAUGGUGUAUGGUGAGUUUUUCCAUCGACCUGGACAAGAUGAGGAACUUGUCAACUUGAAUGUGGGGGGCUUUAAGCAGUCUGUUGACCAGAGCACCCUCCUGCGGUUUCCUCACACCAGACUCGGGAAGUUACUCACUUGCCACUCCGAGGAGGCCAUUCUGGAGCUGUGUGAUGAUUACAGCGUGGCUGAUAAAGAGUACUAUUUUGAUAGGAACCCCUCCUUGUUCAGAUAUGUUUUGAAUUUUUACUACACAGGGAAGCUGCAUUUCAUGGAGGAACUGUGUGUUUUCUCAUUCUGCCAAGAGAUCGAGUACUGGGGCAUCAAUGAGCUGUUCAUUGACUCCUGUUGCAGUAAUCGCUAUCAGGAGCGCAAAGAGGAGAACCAUGAGAAGGAGUGGGAUCAGAAAAGCAAUGACGUGAGCACCGAUACCUCAUUUGAAGAGUCUUCUUUAUUUGAGAAAGAACUGGAGAAGUUUGAUAAGUUACGAUUCGGGCAGCUCCGGAAGAAAAUCUGGAUUAGAAUGGAAAACCCAGCAUACUGCCUGUCUGCCAAGCUCAUCGCCAUCUCGUCCUUGAGUGUGGUGCUGGCCUCCAUCGUGGCAAUGUGUGUCCACAGCAUGUCAGAGUUCCAGAAUGAGGAUGGAGAGGUGGAUGACCCUGUGCUAGAAGGUGUGGAGAUUGCAUGCAUCACUUGGUUUACAGGGGAGCUUGCCAUCCGGCUGGUUGCUGCACCUUGUCAAAAGAAAUUCUGGAAAAACCCUCUGAACAUAAUUGACUUUGUCUCCAUUAUUCCCUUCUAUGCCACAUUAGCUGUAGAUACCAAGGAAGAGGAGAGUGAGGACAUUGAGAACAUGGGCAAGGUGGUCCAGAUCCUGAGGCUAAUGAGGAUUUUCCGAAUUCUAAAGCUUGCUCGGCACUCGGUAGGACUUCGAUCUCUAGGGGCCACCCUGAGGCACAGCUACCAUGAGGUUGGGCUGCUGCUUCUCUUCCUGUCUGUAGGCAUUUCCAUCUUUUCUGCACUUAUCUACUCUGUGGAGAAAGAUGAGACCACGUCAAGCCUCACCAGCAUCCCCAUCUGCUGGUGGUGGGCCACUAUCAGCAUGACGACCGUGGGCUAUGGAGACACCCACCCAGUCACCUUGGCUGGGAAGCUUAUUGCCAGCACGUGCAUCAUCUGUGGCAUUUUGGUGGUGGCUCUUCCUAUCACUAUCAUCUUCAACAAGUUUUCCAAGUACUACCAGAAGCAAAAGGACAUUGAUGUGGACCAGUGCAGUGAAGACCCACCGGAGAAAAGUCACGAGCUACCUUACUUUAACAUUAGGGACAUUUAUGCACAGCGGAUGCACGCCUUCAUUACCAGCCUAUCUUCUGUUGGAAUUGUGGUGAGUGAUCCAGAGUCUACAGAUGCUUCAAGCAUUGACAACAAUGAGGACGCGUAUAGCACCGCAUCCUUAGAGAAUUGCACAGCCAAAUGAGCAGGGACAUUUGUGCCUGUAUCUUGUGUCCCUUCCCAAUAUUAGGUUAACACAGCUUUAUAAACCUCAAUGGGUUUGUUAAAAUCAUUUAAUUCUCAGGGUGUACCUUUCAGCCAUAGUUGGACAUUCAUUGCUCUAAAAUGAUAGACUUGUCUUUAUUUUUCUCAAUGAAGUGAAUUAAAUGCCUUGUUCUGAAAUUUAUUUUUUACAAGAAAGAGUUGUGAUAUGGUUUUGGAAAAAAAAAAGGUAAACGGUAUUGGGUGGGAUUUGUUGCUAUGGCUUAUGCAUCAUUCUAUGUUUGUCAUUUACUCACAUUGAGCUAACUAUAAAUUAUGACAAGUAGAAUCAAAGGCCCAGCUGACUGAAGACUCUACAUGCAUGUAAGAUCCACAAAAUGAGACAAAUGCAUGUAAAUCCGUGUUCACUCCUAGACAUGGAAACGAGGAGCCUAAUAAACUUCCUAAUUCAGUAUGGA